GGUCAGUUAUUAUAUGUUGAAAACAAAUAUUAAUGUCAAGACGACAGGUUUCUAAAAGAAUAGAUUUCCAAGUAGAUACACUGUGCUUUUCCACUAGAACACUAUGAUAUUUUAGUAUUAAAAGCUUUUUACUAAUUGUUAUAUUCUACGGAAAUCCGUGUGAAAACAAUUGAUUGUUUACUUUAUACUGUGUGGUUUUUCACUGAAGAAAACUAUAGACGACAUUAAAUCCGGAACUGUGUUUUGUCAUUUGGACAUAAUCAGUAGUGCCUUAGUAUCUAUAAAUAUCAUCAUAAUCAUCGGCAUUACACGUAAUAAUAUACCGUAACUUAAACUUGAUUUCCACAAAAAAAAAGCAUUAGGAAACGUGCACGCGAAUGGAUCUGUUCUAAUGAUGUAAAUUGUUAUCACAACCACAGCUGUACUCUGCGUCAAGAUACAGGACAAUGUUUAGGAACCAGCAGUUAUUCCAUGUUCGUAGAUUACCACAUUUUCUCAAGGGGAAACCUGUCGGGAAUGUUAAUAAAAACGUGCUUAAAAACCAAAGGCUGUAUUACCAUGAAAGCAUAAAGAAAGCACAACGCAGUGGAAAGUAUGUCUUACAGACGGCACUGGUUGCAGGAACUGUAUUGGUCGGAGGGAUCUUUAUCAAGCUACAUAAUAAAGAAGUUGCUGAAGAUGAAGAAAAUGAAAAAUAUCAGCAAGAAAGGGCAGGGGACUUGCAAAACUGUGAUGACGUGAAACGCUUGUCACUGUCUGAAGCAAUAAGACAGAGUAGGGAUUUAAUGCAGAGAAAGAAGGAUGAAACUGGAAGUCCUGGUUUGACAAUAGCAGUGUCAGUGGAUGGAAAGACUGUAUGGUCAGAAGGUAUUGGGUAUUCAGAUGUAGAGAACAGGUUGAAGUGCACUCCACAAUCAGUAUUUCGUAUAGCAAGUAUUAGCAAGUCAAUCACUAUGACAGCGGUUGCUAAGCUACUAGAGAGUGGUGACCUUGACCUCGACAAACCUGUGCAGUUUUAUGUGCCAGAGUUCCCGGAAAAGACUUGGAAAGGCAAAAAGGUUCAAAUUACAACCAGACAGCUUCUUUCGCAUUUAGGAGGAAUACGUCAUUAUAGCAAGGAUUACAUGAAAAAUAAGACAGAAACAGACAACACUGAUAAAGCGAAGGAUGCUAAAGCGCCUCCAAACACUUCCUCAGAUGUAGAACAGCAACAAGCAAACAUGGAUAGACGAAAGCAAGAGCAGUCUAAAGAGGAAAUGCAGCUAGAUGAAUAUUACAUUACUCGUCAUUAUUCAUCUGUGUUGGAGAGUCUUGAAAUAUUCAAAGAUGACCCACUUGUCCAUAAGCCAGAAUCCAAGUACUUGUACACAACUUAUGGUUGGACUCUGGUUAGUGCUGUUGUAGAAAAGGUUGCCAAGAUGCCCUUUGAGAAAUACCUUCAGGAAACGUUGGAUGAGCUUGGCUUGGAGAACACUUACCUGGAUGAACACAAACCUUUGAUUUACAACAGAGGGAGGCACUAUGUGAAAAACCAGAAAGGGCGACUUGAGAACGCACCUUAUGUAGACUUAUCUUACAAAUGGGCUGGAGGAGGUCUGGUCUCAAAUGUUACAGAUGUGGUCAAGUUUGGGAAUGCCAUGUUGUACAGCUACCAAACAAGAACAUCCAGAACUGCUUCCCAAGCGCCCAGUUCUUCUAGUCUAACAAACAGCCUCAGCACAGCUAAAACCACACGUAAAGAGUCGGAGCAAAGUGCGGCCAAUAGUCGGCACCUUCGUGGUUAUCUGAAACCAGACACCAUGAAAAUGAUGUGGACCCCUGUGGUCAAACCGGAACCAAAAUGGGAAGGAAUAGCAAAUAAUGGCUAUGGUCUUGGGUGGAGUGUGUGCAACAGAAAUAGUGAACAUGCAUUUUGCAAAGAUCAAAAGUUUUUUGUUUCACAUACAGGCGGUGCGAUAGGAGCCAGUAGUGUCUUGUUGAUUCUUCCUACAGAGAACAGUUUAUCACAGAUUGCGAAAGGGGAAACAUUAGAGAGCGGUCAGACAGAUAAAGAUGUCCGAGAAUCUACUUCGUUGUAUUCCAGUCCCCCAAAAGGUGUUGUUGUGGCGAUAAUUGUAAAUAUGAUCUCGGUCGGUCUAAAUAAAACUGCGUACGAUAUUGCAAGAAUAUUUGAGCAAGUUGACACUAAGUUGUAAUUCAACUGUCAGAGGGAAGAGCUAGCGUUUUAACAGAAGCGGACGAAAAUCUAACACUGCGUGUAAAUUGUUUAUAUAAUCCUUAAAAACAGGCGAUAAACUGUUGGUUUAAGCCUCGUUUGGCGUGUUGAAUUCUUCAUGUGAGGAAUUCAUCCAGCUGAGCUGGUUUACGUAAGAUCGGUGGUUCUAUACGGGUGCACACCCAUGAUGAAAUCAUGCAUGGAGGGUCACCUUGGGUCUUCAUCCAACAUCAAAAACUGGAACGUCACCAUUAUGACUUACAUUGUGUCAGUGUAUAACGUUAAACAUGUAAAACCAACAAACAAACAUAGCACGGGUUUACUUUCAAAUAAUAUAACCUUCAGUGGAAGAUUUACAGCUUUUGCCUUCGUUGAUUGUCUAUCUGCCUUUCCAUCUAGCUAGUCUAUCGUUCCAGUGAAAACAAAUACAGUUUUUGCCUCCAG